AAGGUAGCAAAGAAAAAUUUAAAUAAUGAUUAUAGCAUGGAUUAGUAUAGAUUAAAUAUUAAAUAACACUGCGUCUGUUCAUAAUAAAUAAAUGUGUUCUCUGUUAUAUUAUAAUGUUAAUGUUAUUUAAUCUAUACUGUGAUACUACUGAAUUGAUGAAAUUUUAUCUAUUCUGUGCUAUGAUCAUACUCCAUGGUUCCAUACCAAGUGUUUUUAAUUUUUUUUUAACUUAACCAUAAUAUAAUAUUAUGAAUUUUACUACUUUUAACUUUUAUUUUGACAAGUUAUUUAUAAAAUUUAAUCAGUAUUCAUAUAUUUAUUGAUAAUGUUGAAAAAUGUUAAUACAAUGGCACAUAUUAUGGCGUACUCCGUUUACAAUUUGUUUAAGUUGAAAAAAUAUUUUAAGUAUAUUUUUAUAAUUUCACUAUGGUUACUGUAUUAUUUUGGUGUUUUCACUCAUUUUUUUGAGUUGGACUAUUAUUCUCAAUUUGUGUAUCCUCUGGAAACAAACAUAUCAAAAUGCGUAAUGAGCGCACAGUCUGGUAAUUCUGAUCAACUACCUUGUAUUAAUAUAAAUUUAUUAGAAUACGAUUUACUGUUGUCAAAUGACACUAAAUGUAAUAUAAAUAUUCAUUUACUUAUAUUGGUUAAGUCGUCAUUAAACAAUUUUGAUAGACGGAGGACCAUUCGACGAACUUGGGGAUUUGAGAACCGAUUUUCUGAUGUACCAACUAGAACAGUUUUUGUAUUGGGAAAGUCUUAUGAUAUAGAUUUAGAGAAACGCAUUAAAGAAGAACAUGAACAGUAUGGAGAUAUUGUACAGUAUGAUUUUAUUGACGAAUACUACAAUAACACCAUCAAAACUAUGAAUGCAAUUAAAUGGGCUACAACUCAUUGUAAUGAUUCAAGAUUCUAUUUUUUCUCAGACGAUGACAUGUAUGUAUCUGUGAAAAACGUGUUACGUUAUUUGCGAAAUCCAACUAAAUAUCCAGAAUAUUUAAAUAAAGAAGUUAAAGGGAAGCAAUCAAAGUAUAUCUUACCAUCAGAUAUAGUAUUAUUUACUGGAUACGUUUUUCAUUCUUCACCACUGAGACAUCAAAUAAGUAAAUGGUAUGUUUCCCUUUCUGAAUAUCCAUAUCAUAUGUGGCCUCCAUACGUCACAGCUGGUGCUUAUAUGUUAUCCAAAGCAGCUUUAGUCAAAUUUUAUUAUGGAAGUUCUUAUGUAAAGCGGUUUCGAUUUGAUGACAUAUAUUUAGGAUUGUUAUCAAAAAAAUUAAAUGUAAAACCUCUGCACUGUGAACACAUAUAUUUUUAUAAGAAACAUUAUUCUAUAAGUAGUUAUAAGUAUGUUAUAGCUAGUCAUGGAUAUGGUGAUAGUGAGGAGUUACUUAAUGUUUGGUUAGAACAAAAAAGUAAUGGAAACGCAUAAGACUACUUAUUUGUAUUACCUAUUAAAAUUUAUAAAUUAUUCCUCAUGUUACUACUUUAAAUACUGAAACAAAGUAUAUAUUUUUUAAAUUUAGGUUUUAUUGUUGAAAAAAUCUUAAUAAACAUUUGUAAAUUAUUUUUA